AUGGUGACAUAUCUGCCGAUAUCGUCGCCUUUCGUUCGAUUUGCGGGCCGCUAUGUCGACGAGGCUUUCGGAGUCGCGGCCGGAUACAACUUCUUCAUCUUCGAGGCUGCGUUAGUGCCCUUCGAAGUCACCGCGUGCAACAUGAUCAUCAAUUACUGGAGCGAUGCAGUCCCUGUAGGUGGAAUCAUUGCGAUCAUACUGGUCCUUUACGCUCUCCUCAACAUCUUUGCCGUCAAGUGGUACGGUGAAUCCGAGUUCUGGUUGGCUAUAGGCAAGGUGCUGCUUAGUUCCGGUCUGAUUCUGUACACGUUUAUCACCAUGGUAGGGGGCAACCCCUUGGGUGAUCGCUUUGGGUUCAGAUACUGGAAGAACCCGGGCUCUUUUGCAGAGUAUUACAAAGAAGGGCAUCUGGGUAAAUGGCUCGGAUUUCUGCAGUGCCUUAUCACGGCAAGUUUUACUAUGGCAGGGCCCGAUUACGUCUCUAUGGCUGCUGGGGAGGCGGAAAAUCCACGCAAGGUGAUGCCAAAGGCGUUCAAUGGUGUUUUCUAUCGACUCACUGCUUUUUUCGUUCUCGGAGUCCUGUGCGUUGGUAUACUGGUACCGUAUAAUGAUCCUACGAUGACAGCAGCCUUUGAACAGGGGCUACCAGGCGCUGCUGCGUCGCCAUAUGUCGUUUCGAUGGACCGACUGCAUAUCCCAGUGCUGCCGCACAUUGUCAAUGCCAUGAUUCUCACAGCCUGUUUUAGCGCAGGGAACAGCUAUGUUUAUUGUGCUAGCAGAAGUCUGUACGGUCUGGCACUCGAGGGCAAAGCGCCCCGAGUCCUGGCCCGGUGCACGAAGAAUGGAGUACCCAUUUACUGCGUUACUAUUGUCCUGGUGAUUGCUCUAUUGAGCUUCCUGCAGGUAUCUAAUAGCGCUUCGGUCGUGCUAGACUGGUUCGUUAAUCUUGUGACGGCCUCCCAACUUAUCAACUACGCAGUUAUCUCCUUCACAUUCAUCCGGUUCAAGAAGGCACUGGACAAGCAGGGCAUCUCGCGUGAUUCCUUGCCCUACAAGGGUCGUUUUCAGCCAUUCCUCGCCUGGUAUGCCCUGGCGGGCACAUUCACCAUGGCGUUUGUUGGUGGCUACACCGUCUUCCUCCCGGGGAACUGGGACGUCCCAACCUUCUUCUUUUCCUACACCAUGAUCGGCGUCUUCCCCAUUUUAUAUAUUGGGUGGAAGCUUAUCCGACGAACGGAAUUCAGAAAGCCUGAAAAAGUUGAUCUCAAGACCGGAGUCGCUGAGAUUGAUGAAUAUACCCAGAACUAUAUACCUACUCCUCCUAGGUGA